AUGCCAGUUGAUCUUAUGCGAAAAGUUGUCUAUAUAGUAUUUGCUGUAAGACGACUCAUUCCAACUAACCCAUAUGGUUGUUAUAGCAUCACAUUACUUAAUUCAAGAUAUUUAUCACAACCAAAUUAUCUUGCUGUUGGUCUAUUAGUUGCUGAUUUAUUUGAUUCAGAUUGGGAAAAAGUACAUAAUGAAAGAAUUAAUUUUGUUAAAAUUAUUGAUACUGAUGUAACUGGAUUAGUAGAUUUAAUAAUUGAUAAACGUUUAGAAAAAUUAGAAAAUCUUCAUGUAUUUAUAAUUAAAGAUGAAGAAAAUUGUGCAUACCGUUGUAUGCCAGGAACAUUUCAUUGUAGUUGUACUCCAUCUUUACCUAUGCUAAAAUUUUUUCGUGAUAGUUAUCAACAAUGUUCUGAUGAUAGUAAUGAAUUAAAUCAUGGCAAUCACACAUGUAAUCAUGACAGAUGUAUAUCAGCAUCAUAUGAAUGUGGCUUAGAUAAUGAUUGUGGUGAUAAUAGUAUUGAAAAUUCAAAUCAAUGUCUACCAUAUAAUGAUAAAAAACGUUUCCGAUGGUAA